AUGAAUGAGAGGCCUAGAUAUGAUAACCCCCCUAAUCAAAACUUUAGUAGGCAAGCACCUAGAGGCCCUCCUAUGCAUGGAUCCUACCAAGGCUUCGGCCAAGGAGGUGGGUAUGAUAGUCAAGGCCGAGGUGGCUAUAGGGCGCAAGGCUAUCAAAGCCAAGCACCCUAUGGUCAAUCUCACGGUCUUGGAAAUCAAACCCAAUACAAUCAAGGUAGUUAUAAUCCUAACCAUCAAGGUGGAGGGGGUUACAACUAUUCUUAUGGGAAAUAUAGGGGUGCCUCUAGUGGGGGUUAUCCGUUGAACCCGGGAGGACAAUAUGGUGUUUCUCAAUUUCCUCCUCCCGGAUUCAAUGGGCCAAGGACCUAUGGCAACCAAUUCCAACAAAAUGCUAGUGGUUAUGGCAAUGCACCUCCACCGCUCCCUCCUCUCAAGUCUAACCUUGAGGAUCUUAUGGAGUCGUUCGUGGGGGCGCAAGCCAAGAAAAAUGUUGAGUUUGAAGAUGGAUUCAAGCAAUCCAACACUCACUUGAAAAUGAUCAAAACCGAACUAGCACAACUUGCUAGCACCAUCAAGGAACAACAAGUGCAUACUAGUCUCCCACCCUAA